CAUUGGCUGGCUACUCUACGAGUCCUUGGAAAGGUCAUAAAGAAAAAUAAAGAAAAACAAUAGACUUUGGCAGUGUUUUUCGGCGCAAGUGUAAUAUUUAGUUUCCUACAAGCGCUUUUUGGUCCAAGUUCAGUGUAUUGCAGUCGUAAAAAAAAGGGCCAAACUGUAUAUGAGCUGUGUAUAAAUUACGGCUUCGCUUUUUCCUCAGCUGGUCAUUUAGCCAGGUAGCCAGCUAGCACAGCUAGCCUGAGCGGCAGGUAACUAUGGCUGCAGUUAUCCUAAGUUUCCCAACUCUGCAGGGUCUGAGGAUAUUUACACAAAAACUGUCAUGGACCAAAAGAGGCGUGAGGCUCGUUUCAGGAGGGGUUGGAAGAAUAGAAAAGGUGCUGAUCGCCAAUCGUGGAGAGAUUGCAUGCCGUGUGAUGCGUACAGCCAAGAAGAUGGGUGUGCGCUCUGUAGCGGUGUACAGCGAUGCAGACAGACACUCCAUGCAUGUAGCUAUGGCAGAUGAAUCGUACCACAUCGGCCCUGCAGCCUCCCAGCAGAGUUACCUCUCUAUGGAGAAAGUUUUGGAGGUGGCCAAGAAGUCUGGAUCACAUGCGGUUCAUCCAGGCUAUGGGUUUCUGUCAGAAAACACAGAGUUUGCAGAGGCUUGUAAACAGGAGGGAAUCAUCUUCAUUGGGCCUCCUUCCUCUGCCAUCCGAGACAUGGGCAUUAAGAGCACAUCCAAACACAUCAUGUCAGCUGCCGGUGUGCCAAUCAUAGGUGGUUACCAUGGAGAGGACCAAUCAAAUGAUAGGCUGCAGGCAGAGGCGGCUCGCAUUGGAUACCCUGUGAUGAUCAAGGCGGUCCGUGGAGGAGGAGGAAAGGGAAUGCGUAUUGCACGGUCAGACACGGACUUCUUGGAGCAGUUAGAAUCAGCGAGACGAGAAGCCAGGAAAUCCUUUAAUGAUGAUGUCAUGCUGGUUGAGAAGUUUGUGGAGGACCCCCGACACGUGGAGGUUCAGGUGUUCGGGGACAUGCAUGGUAACGCUGUCUAUCUUUUUGAGAGGGACUGCAGCGUCCAGAGGAGACAUCAGAAGAUCAUAGAGGAAGCACCAGGGCCUGAUAUAAGCCCUGAGGUUCGGAGGAAACUUGGAGAGGCAGCAGUUAAAGCAGCUAAGGCCGUGAACUAUGUCGGGGCAGGUACGGUGGAGUUCAUCAUGGACGCCCAGCACAACUUCUACUUCAUGGAGAUGAACACCAGGCUGCAGGUGGAACAUCCCGUCUCUGAGAUGAUCACUGGAACCGACCUGGUGGAGUGGCAGCUCAGGGUGGCAGCAGGGGAGCGCCUGCCUCUCCUCCAGGAUGACAUAAUCUUAAGUGGACACUCUUUUGAGGCUCGUAUCUACGCUGAGGACCCAAACAACGACUUCCUCCCCGGGGCAGGACCUCUGCUGCAUCUAUCCACCCCUCCACCAGACCAGCACACACGCAUAGAGACUGGAGUCAGAGAAGGAGACGAGGUGUCGGCACAUUAUGACCCAAUGAUUGCCAAGCUCGUGGUGUGGGGAGAAGACCGAUCAGCUGCCUUAAAGAAACUGCGCUAUUGCUUACAACAAUACAAUAUUGUGGGACUGAACACUAACAUAGACUUUUUGCUGAGUCUUUCUGGCCACCCGGAGUUUGAGGCUGGAAAUGUGACGACAAGUUUCAUUCCUCAGCACUACGCUGACCUCUUUCCUGCUCCGAGAGCGCCUUCUGGGGUAACGAUCUGCCAGGCGGCUCUGGGCCUGGUGCUGCAGGAGAGGAAACACACCCUGGAGUUCACACAGACCUCCACCGAUCCUUUCUCUCCGUUUGGCUCCAGCAGUGGCUGGAGAAGCAACAUCCAUUUUAACCGAAACAUGACGCUACAAGUAGGAGACAAAAAAGUCGAUGUGGUCAUCACGUACAGCAAAGAUGGAAGCUACAGCAUGCAGGUUGGUGAGGAGGUUUACCAUGUAACAGGGGAGGUGGAGCUGGAAGGUGGAGCUUCGUUCCUGCACUGUUCAGUCAAUGGAGUGAAGUCCCGUCCCAAACUGGUGAUCCUGAACAACACCGUGCACCUGUUCUCCAUGGAGGGAAGCUCCCAGGUGUCCGUCCCAGUGCCGAAGUAUCUGGCUGGUGUGAGCGGGUCUGGAGCUCAGGGUGGAGCUGUGGCCCCCAUGACUGGAACCAUAGAGAAGGUGCUGGUGAAGGCCGGAGAUAAAGUGAGUGUUGGAGACCCGCUGAUGGUCAUGAUUGCCAUGAAGAUGGAGCACACAAUUCGGGCGCCCAAGUCAGGUGUGAUCAAGAAGGUUUUCUUCACCGAGGGCUCUCAGGCCAAUCGCCACGCCGCUCUGGUCGAACUGGAAGAGGAGGUGGAAGAGACGGAGGCGAGCAGCCAGUAAAAAAAUGCACAACCAGACCCACAAAUAGAGGGAGAGGUAGCAGAGAGCUGUGUUAGACUGACUCACUGUCCCUCCAGCGGUCACACUGAGUGAGUUUUAGCUUCCUGCACUUGAUAAAUAUUUCCUAAAAUGCCAGUCGGGAGAGUGAGUUUGGGGCAGUCUGGAAUAGAUAAGUGAAAAAUGAUCGCAGUGGGUACAGAGUACACUUUAAAACGUGAAAUGCAACGGGGUUGUAAAGUGGCCCACCUGGACAGCUGCCUUUUCACACAGCACAGUCUUGCCUUCAUGUUGAUUUCAGAGCUAUUACCUGUUUCUGCUUUUUGUUGUUUUGUCUUUUUGCUGUUGAAUCACGUUUUCCUUCUCUUCUCUCAUAUGUUGGUUUCUGUGGGUGGUAUAGUAUUAGUUAAAGAGCUGGGAAAUCAGUUUCAUGCACUUCAGAUUGCUGCAUCUCCCGUGCACACUGUGUGAACGUCUUUAUGUGUAUGCAUAUCAAUACGUUUGAGGCAGGAGGUGGUGGGAUGGCAAGUGAGCAAUCGUCAAACACUGUCUGAAGGAUGCCUUUGUGGACCAGAAAUAGUUACUGAUAGCUCUGGGAGAAAUUGUCUUUCACAUGACCUUAAGAUAUUCAUCCUCAUCCCAACAUAAUGCAGUAUAAUUACUGCAUUUAUGAGCCUGUCUGGGGUAAAAUAAAUGUCAGUGAAAACCAUGUGCAUCCAAGUUUUGAUUAUAUAAGCUGAGGAGACUCUUCCUCCACUUGUAUAUAUUGUAUAACUACAGAUUUUUAAAAUGCUUCGUUGCCCAGCUUACAGCAACUGGGCUGGUUUUCUGAAUUCAUGAAAAAUUGGGCAAUUUGGAGAAGAAUUAAGAGUAAAGAACUGGAUGUUAAAAAAAAAAAAAAAUGUAUUGGGGGUUGUUAAUGAACAGUUUUUCGAAAAAUCCACCCGUUCCAGACUGACUCCAAACUCGACCAAUCAUGACGUCCAGGCAGAGAAGAGCAUAACGAGGCACUCAGGAGGAUUAGAUUGUGAAUUGGUGGUUACAACAGAAAAAAAAAAAAAACACUCCAGAAUAACUUUUGCUUAGAUAAAUUUGUCACGUGUGCAGGAUUUUUGUGACCAGAUUUGGCUCUGGGUUCAAAAUGCCACUUGAAGGAUGAAAUGUCGGUCACAGAGAGCUUUUUAGUGGACAGAUGGUUUGCUGCUGGGUAAAUCCGCCAACAGUCCCAAGUGAUUACAACACAGACCAGCUUCUGCGGAUCUCUCUCUUCUUACUAACUGGUGUGUUUUGAGGCCUUGUAGACUAAAACUGUAAACACCUGUGUUUAUUUCUUGGAUUGUUUGUAGAUGUAUGACUGAUUAUUUUACAAAAAAGGUAUUGUACCAGUCAAAUACUGUAAUAAAUCUUUUUCUAAAUAUACACA